AUGUCCAGGGCCCUCACUGCAAACGAGUCCUUUGUCCAUAAAACACUUGGCUCCAAGGUCAAGCUUGAGGAAAUGGCAGACGUCAAAAACAUAAGUAUGUUCGUGGACAACAUUGCAUUCUCCGUGCAGUCUCCGCUUGCAUACACCAUCAAGGGGACAGACUCAAUACUUGUCCUCGGAAACCUUACAAACCCAAUCAAUAUCGAUCAGCUGAUGAAGAAGCAUACUGAGGACUCCGCAAACACGCUCUCUGAUGACAUCGUCGGAAUGUACAGCAGAAUAGAAAGUCCCCCAGAAAGCAAUGAAAGCAGGCACGAGCAUACGGAUGAUACACUUGGUGCUGACAGCAAAAGACUUUCCGAAGAAGACAUCAAGCUGAUAAGCUCGCAAAUCAGCGUUCCACGGCAUGAAAUCAUCAAGGCGCUCGUGGACUCUGAUUACGAUGUAGUUGAUGCAAUGAUGAAGCUGACAACUAAAUAA